CAAAAUGUGUAGAAAGUUGUUUAAAAACUCGUUCAGAAAUGGUUGCCGCGCUCACGUUUUGCCCGCCUUCUUUUUCUCAAUUGAAUCGAGUAGACUCUUGUAUCCAUGAAUUUCUUUGUGCUGCACUUUUAAGACAAGCACUUGUUUGCAUUGUCUGCAGUAAACCGUCGCCGAGCAUUGUCCCUUCGCCAGCCUUCUUCCUCCUCGCUGGCCAGGCUGAAGCGCUGCCUCGCCUUUAGCGCUAACAGUCGCCGCAAAUCAUCUACAGCUCCGCGAACAGCACAGAGCUCUACUCUGUAAAAGAAUAGAAGGCCGCAAUGCCUCCAAUUCCAGGCGUCCACGUGGUGUAUGAUAACCGGCGAGUCCACAGGAUUGUUGACACGGGCAAUGAGGCUUGGUGCUACAAACAUGCUCGGAAGUGCAAGACAAUCAAAGUCUCCGAACAGAACCCAGAGAUUAUCCGACACAUCAAGGACCGUCUCUACAAGACAGCCCACAAAAACAAAGGCUUCCUUGGAUUCCAUGAUCGUGGAAUGAGAUUCGUUACUCGUACUCAGUUUGACAACAUCAUCACACCCGAGGCUGUUCUUCAGGUAGUCGCCAAGCUGGCGUGUUACCAAGGCUUGACAGCAAGGGACCAUAUGCAAAUUGCCCAAGAUAUCUACUGAGGCACAGAAGAUGGACGCCGCUCGCCCUGUCGCCGACUGCUUGCUUCCCUCAUCGGGACCGGGAAUUCGGAAGCACUGGCAGCAUCAAAACACUGAUCGAUGAAGGCCUCAGUGACACCUGUCUUCCUCUCCUAUUUAAGGAAGUCAUGGAGGAGGACACGCUGAUAUGUGCUCACCAUGAACACCAACAUGCCUCCAUAACCGACAUGGACCUGGAGUCUCGAGAGACUUUCACCGCCCUCUGUGGAUCCUUUUCAGUGCCCUUCAUCAAAUGGAAAGAUGGCGGGAAGUAUUGUCACCACGUCUUGAAAGGCGGCGGCCCUCUUCCUAUGAGAGGGCCACUUCCAAUGGAGAAAAACGACAAGAUGAAUGAGGAAGGAGACUUUGGUGAGGUCUUCAAAGUUGAGAUUGACCCAGGCGACAGGGGACUUCGACCUAGAGAAAACACCAACUUUUUUGCUUUAAAGAAGCUUAAGAAGCAUGGUGACUCGAAUGGCACUUCUCGUGCGGACGAGUUUGACCUGGAAAUCAGGUCGUUGAUCUUCGCCGAGAGUCGAGCUUUGAAGGUACCAGGCCCGGAUGAUCAUGGGCAAACGAAAAGGCACUUGAUCCCGCUCCUUGCAACAUUCGAGGUGUAUGAUUCCAACGAUCCAGAGCCGACAUUCUAUUUUCUGUUCCCACUGGCAGAUUGUAACCUAAAGCAAUUCUGGGAGAAGAAGCACCACGAUGCGACAAGGGAAGAGCAGUGUGGUUGGAUGGUUGAGCAGUUUUACCUACUUGCCAAGGCCCUGCAGUGCGUCCACAAUGAAAGGUCGCUGAUGAUCACGUCAAAGAGAACUGAUUCCAACGUCUUUUGCCGGCAUGGAGACAUCAAACCAUCGAACUUUCUGUUCUUUGAGGACUCUCAACCCGGCGGUCUGGGCAGGUUGGUUUUAGGUGACUUUGGUAUGGCUAGAAUUCACCGCAAAGGAUCCAGAUCAAGCCAGCCAGCAGGGGAGAGAAUGGCCAUAAUUUCUUAUCAAGCACCUGAGUUUGGCAAGGGGGAUGUGAUAUCUCUCAAGACUGACAUCUUCAGUCUCGGAUGCGUUUAUUUAGAACACAUUACGUGGCUUCUGAUGGGCUUCGAGGCCUUGGACAAGUUUAUAGACGCCAGACUCGAGACAGAUCCUGUGUACGGUUUCCAGACAGAUAUCUUUUACAACGUGUCACAGUCCAAAGAUUCCGUGUGGCUCAAGGAGGGCGUCAAGCGUUGGAUCUGGGACCUGAAGCAGCACAAAGACUGCGUGGAAAUUGUAUAUGAUCUGUUGGAGAUCAUCGAGCACGGCAUGCUGGAAGCAAACCACCAGAAAAGGAUCAACUCGGCAAUGUUGGCUACCGAAUUGGAGAAAGUGUGGACCAAGUGGCAACGUAAGGAUUCCCUGUACGACGAAAGGCACUGGAGAGAAAGUGAGAUUAGUUCCAAAGCAAUCAACAAGCCCAAUUCCAGUACUAAAGUGCUUGCUAUUUCCAAAGAGCUCCUGUGGAAGCAAAAGCUAACCGCGCGUCAAGACGGAAGAUCGCCGACAACACCACCCCAAACGACAAUCAGAACCUUCCGGUAAAGGAACCAACUACAGUCGAAAAUCCUUCUGGUCGCUUCGCCCUCGAAAGGGGCAAAACUUUCCACUAAACAAUGGAACCGGAACUGCAGUCUGAAGAUGAUACCGGCAGCGACUGUGAACUUUCGGCAGAGAGGGCAGAGGAUAAUGAAGGAGAGCACAGGAAGAUGGGGGAGAAAGCCCAACUCAAGAUCACGUUGUGUCACAUAAGGUAGCCAGUCCUCAAGCUGAGUCUCACACCACUCCACUGAAGCUGCUGCUUUCCGGGCAGUAGAACUCUAGGAAACCAAAGUUGUAUGUUCCGUCCACUGUUUUGGCCCACCGAACGCAGUUCAUGUGGUUCAGCGUCGAUUCAUGUGUUGGACAUGCAUCUGACACCGCACUAUCUCGCCUC